GAGUCAAAGGAAGGAUCAGUAUAACUUGGUGAGUCUUGCUUUUAAAAGACAAUUCAGAUACCAAGACAAAUGGCUGAGAAAAUCACACUCUUAGAGAGUUUCCUGAACUGCCAUGUGUGUUCAGAGACUUUCAGAGAUCCCGUGUCUCUGAGCUGCAACCACAGAUUCUGUUCAAGCUGCCUGCAAAAAUUCUGGGAACAAGCUAACAACAAAAACUGUCCCAUCUGUAAGAGAAAAUCCUCAAGAGAUAACCUGACAGUGGACUUUGCACUGAAGGAACUGGCUGACUCCUUUGCUGGGAGACAGAAAGCUGGAUCAUGUGAGACAGAGAAAGGAGACAGGAAGGUGGAGGUGGUGUGUAGUAAACAUCAAGAAGAGCCUAAAUUGUUCUGUAAGGAUGAAGAUAGAGUUGUGUGUACUGUCUGUGAGUUUUCUCUCCACCACAGUCACAAGGUGGUUCCUGUUGAACAAGCAGUCAGUGACCUGAAGGACCAGCUGAGAUCUGACUUAAAGUCUCUGCAGGACAAGAGGGACAAACAUGAGAAAAUGAAGAAUACAUACGAUGAGGUGAUUCAACACUCCAAGAAACAGGUGUUGUCCACAGAGAGGCAGAUCAGAGCAGAGUUCAACAAGCUCCACCAGUUCCUGAAAGAGGAAGAGGAGUCCAGACUGGCUGCUCUGAGGGAGGAAGAGGAGCAGAAGGCGAAGACUAUCAAGAGAGAGAUGAAGAUGAUUCAGCAGCAGAUCUCCUCUCUGUCAGACUGCAUCUCUGCUGUUGAAGGAGAGCUGCAGAAACACAACAUGUCAUUCCUCAGCAGUUAUAAAGCCACUCAGAGCAGAGCCAGAGUCCAGAGCUCACUGUCAGAUCCACAGCUGGUCUCAGGAGCGCUGGUAGAUGUGGCCAAACACCUGGGCAACCUGUCCUUCAGAGUCUGGGAGAAGAUGAAGGAGGAGGUCCACUUCAGUCCUGUCAUUCUGGACCCAAACACUGCUGCCCGCUGGCUCCAUCUGUCUGAUGAUCUGACCAGUGUGAGAAAUGACACAAAGCAGCAGCUUCCUGACAAUCCAGAGAGACACACUAGAUAUACCAUGGUUCUGGGCUCUGAGGGCUUCAGUUCAGGGAAACACAGCUGGGAGGUGGAGGUGGGAGACCAUCCUAACUGGCGUUUGGGUGUGGCCAAAGAGUCAGUUGACAGGAAGGGAAAGCUGCUUGUGACACCAAAAUAUGGAAUCUGGUGUAUUAUGCAUAAUGAUGGAAAGUACAAUAAUGGUCUCGCUAAGACUGUCACAGUGAAGAAGAGUCUCCAGAAGAUCAGAGUCCAGCUGGACUAUGACAGGGGGGAGGUGUCCUUCUUCAACCCUGAAGACAACGCUCUCAUCUACACUCACAGCGACACUUUCACUGAGAAACUCCUCCCAUUUUUCAGUGUUGGAAAAUCUGGUGAUGCCAAAACUGCUACUGUUAAAAUCUGUCAAAGUGAUGUUUCUCUGUGAUGUUCAGGAAUGUUAGUGAAGACUUUACUGUGACUUCACUGUGUGUAAUAAUGUACUCAAUACUCAGUCUGCAUUACAUCAUCAGGUUAUAAACUUUCAUACAGGUACAAGUCAAUUUAAGUUUAAAAUGAUAGCUUAUUAGCCUGGUUAUCUUGUU